AUGAAACAUGAGAUUUGAGUUAGGUAAAGAAGGGCCAUUGUGCCUCUAACUCAUAAAAAAAGCUCUUACCAGGUCGUCUCUUUGUUCUGUUUCAAAGAAAAUGGAAGGAAGAAAAGAAAGAAGAAAGGAAGGCUACCCAUGUGGUUUGGUAUUAUGGACAGCCUUGUUAUGGUUGGUAAAGCAUAUACCAAUUUCACAAAAGAGAAAAAUUGAAAUUAAAGUAAAAAAGAAAAAGAAAAAGAUGGAGUCAAAAAAAAAAAACAGUGGAUGGGGAAAAUAAGGGUGCAAAUUGCAAUAAGACUGGGGCCAAUAUGAAAUAAAAGAUAGAAACAAGAAGGAAAAAAGAAGAAGCAAAAAAGUAAAAAUUAAGGGGUGAUGAGUAAGACAGCAUUAUACUUUUUUUUUGGUUCUAAAUCAUUAUACUAUUCCUUUUUGGUUGUGUUGUGUCGUGGCCAAAAGUCACCUUCUUCUUCUCCUCUCAUUAAAAAUCCAUAAAAUGCUUGAAUAAAACCACAGAACCCAUCCCUCUAGCUCACUCUAUGUUUAGUGCACAAAAACAAAACUCGAAGCCUCUCUCUCUCUCUCUCUCUCUCACACACACACACACACACACACACACACUUAAACAGAGAGACGCAGACCCUAUUGAAAAAACGCCUUCUCACUUCACUACCUGCCUGUCGUUUUUGUUACAUCGAAAAAGAAACGGAAGUCACUUCUCUCUAUAAAAUCUCUUUCUUUCUAAUUGGGUUUGCUGAGCUGAGGCAUGGUUGCCGGCCAAAUCUAGAGCAGCCCAUUUCAUGGUUGUCUACCAUUUGAAGGAAAUCUUCUUCUUUUGGGCAGAGCCCUUCCCGUUUUAGCUGGUGCUUUGUUUAAGGAGGUUUGGUCGGUGAAAGAUCAAUUCUUUGGCUCAUUUAUUUCUUAACUGGUGUCAAUAUUGAGUCCCUGAACAAAUCCAAGCAAACCCAUUUGGUCAGUGACAGUGGAAGAGGCUUCAAAUUAAAGGUUUUUCUGUUUACUCUUCUUGAUCAUGGAGGGAGAAACAUCAUGGUUUAGCCAUUCCCUUGAUGACAUGGCCAGAGAGAUUGGGGAGUUUGAUUCUUUCUCAGAGCUCAGUGACGAAGGGAAUAAAGAAGCUACUGCAGUUUCGGUGGAUUUGAUUCUUCCUGAUGACCUGUUGGAACGGAUAUUAGCCUAUCUACCAGUUGCAAGCAUUUUCAGGGCACGUUGUGUGUGCAAAAGGUGGUAUGAGAUUGUUAGUUCAAAAAGGUUUCUAUGGAACUUUUCACGUGUGCUAUCACAAAAACCCUGGUAUUUUAUGUUUACCAGCUCUAAUGAACCAACUGGUUAUGCAUAUGAUCCUAUCCUCAGAAAGUGGUAUGGCAUUGAACUCCCCUGCAUUGAGACAUCUAAUUGGUUUAUUGCUUCAUCAUGUGGUUUGGUUUGCUUUAUGGACAAUGAUAGUAGAACUGAGUUAUAUGUCUGCAACCCUAUUACCAAAACACGCAGGAAGCUUCGGGACCCCCCUGGCUUGAGAUUUUCUGAUUACAGUGCACUUGCAGUUUCUGUUAACAGGAAGUCACAUGGUUAUACUAUCUCAAUUGUGAAAUCUAAGCAAGUUACUGGGAAUUUUUUCCAAUGGGAUGUCUCCGUUCAUAUUUAUGAUUCAGAAACAAUGAUGUGGGUGACCACUUUGACAGAGGUUCUGACAGGAUGGAGAGGUGGGGAUGAGAGUGUAAUCUGUGAUGGGGUUUUGUACUUCUUAAUUUACUCAACUGGGGGUGGGUCACCGGAAAAUCGUCAUGGUCUAAUCACAUAUAAUCUCUCUUCUUGUUCUCCUCCUGGGUUGUUGAUAAGGAGCUUUAUUCCUGUACCUUGCCCUCUUACAUGUGGCCGUCUGAUGAACUUGAAGGAGAAGCUGGUUAUGGUGGGAGGGAUUGGUAAACAGGAUCGGCCUGACAUAAUUAAGGGGAUUGGUAUCUGGGUUCUAAAUGGGAAGGCAUGGCAAGAGAUUGCGAGAAUGCCGCAUAAGUUUUUCCAAGGAUUUGGGGAAUUUGAUGAUGUUUUCGCCAGCAGUGGCACAGAUGAUCUUAUAUACAUCCAGAGCUAUGGAGCUCCAGCUCUUCUUGUCUUUGACAUGAGCCAGAGACAUUGGAGAUGGUCACAGAAGUGCCCGGUAACAAAGAGGUUUCCACUUCAGCUCUUUACUGGUUUUUGUUUUGAACCGAGGCUUGAAAUUUCUCCCUGAUAUGUUUCCUUGUGGAUUGAUAUGAUGUGGUGGUGCAAAUUGUUUUGCUUGAAAUCCCUGUGCUUCACCUUUGUUUUGUUUUCCCACUAGUUUGAGUUACAACAUCUGUGUUCUAAAAGUCGUAUAAUGUAACCUGCAGAUAAGCUGCUCGUUAUUCAUGGUCAUGGGUAUAUUAUUCUUUGCAUUGGAAAUGCCACUCUGGUAAAUACAAUCAUGAGUUCCUGACAUGUACUCCUAUUCACAUUAAAUAUAUGUGCUUGCAUUUCUCUCUGCUACAA